AUGAGUGUUCGUAUUGUAUCGUAUAAUAUUUUUGCUCCAGUUUAUGCUGAUCGUCCUGAACAUUACUUUAAAUGUCAACCUGAAUUUCUUAAAACUGAUUAUCGAUGGAAUUUAAUUCGAGAUCAAUUAGAACACGAAAUUGUUAAUCAUAAAAAUACAAUUAUUUGUUUACAAGAAGUUUCUCUUACACUUAUACCUGAUCUUGAAUUAUUUUUUCGUCGAUUAAAUUAUAGUUUCUUUCAUAAUCUUUAUGGUCAAAUGCGUAAUGAUUAUAUGGGAGGGAUUGCUAUGGCAAUUCCCAUUACAAUGCGACUUAAUUCUAUGUCUAUUAUUAGAAUUGGAGAUCGUAUUCGAUCGAUGAUGAAACUUCGUUCUGAACAAACCACGUCACUUCCAACUGAUUUAUGGGAAAUUGCUGCGAGUCAACCGCAUACAUUUAUCUGUUUACAAUUAGUUAUUAAUGAUAAACAAUUAUCUGUUGGUACGUAUCAUAUGCCUUGUCUUUACAAACAACCUGAUGUUAUGUUAAUACAUUCGUCGAUAAUAAAAGAUUUGAUGUUUGAAUUAGCAGCUGGACAAAAUUUUAUUCUAGCAGGUGAUUUUAAUUUUAAACCUCGAGAUAUUUGUUAUAAAUAUUUAAUCAAAGAAGAACAUGUCGAUUGUAAUUUACCUGAAUCUGCUAUUGAACAAAAACUGAAAAGUGCUUAUCGUGAAAAGAAUGGAAGUGAACCUGUGUAUACAGAUUUUUCUCAUAAAUGUAAUUCAGAACGAUUUUGUGAAACACUUGAUUAUAUUUUUUAUAAUGGUCAUCUAACUGUGGAUAAUGUAUUGCAAUUACCCGAUCAACCUACUAGUGAAUCUUAUCCUGAUCAAACACAUCCUUCGGAUCAUCUGAUGAUUGCAGCAACAUUUCGAUUGUUAUAA